CUGCUAGAUUAGCUCGGAAGUGUUGGGAAUUUACUUGGCAAUAAUCCAACCAGGAAAAAAGUUCUUCAGUGUCAACUUUUUAUCUUCAACCAAUAGUCAAACUAAAAAUGACAGCUACAUGAUGUGUGCCUGAUGGAUUUAUACGGGACAAUAAUGGGACAUAACCAACUUUGUUCAGAUGACGUGUAGGCAGCCGUGACGUCAUGAUGAUGUUGAGCAACACGGCUGCGGGCGAGUACCUCAAUGUGGGGGACUACGUCGCGCUGUACUCGGUGGAGACGGAGGGAUAUGUUUACAGCGUUCAGUCAAGCUCCGUCCACAGUGGGUUAUACAUAGACCACAACCAGGACCGAGAAAAGCCGUCCAAAAUUCCUAACCCCCAAGCUGUCGUCUUCGAAAUUGGAAUCCAAAACCGAUACAAAUUAAACAAAAAGUACCGGAAAUGGGUGAACCAAGCGGCGUCAACAACAGACCUGACGGAGGACAAGGGACUGUUGGCCCAGGCCAAGUUUGCAGCAGAUGCCGAGAAUGCGGAUAACGCUGCAGAACAGAAACGUCAGAUGGGCAAGAGAGUUCGAUACGGGGACAUCGUACAGCUGAAGCACGCCUUGACGAACAAAUACAUCCACAUGUGUACCUCACAGACCAGCCAAACCGACAAAAACAACAUGGUGAUCAUGCUGCAAGAUUUCAACGCCAAAAACGCUCAGUUUCGUAUUCUACCUCAGUACAAAGUCAAGUCGGAGGGCGAAGUGGUCCAAAUUUAUGACCAGAUUGUGUUUGAGAGUAUCAAGUCUCCAGGACAUUUUUUCCAUGCCAGUGCUGCCUAUCAGAUCGACCAUUUCACGUUCGGGUCGGAGGUCAAUCUUGGAGUGGAGCGGUCCGGGUUUACACUGGUUCGAUUCCACAAAGGGAUAGCAGAACAUGACCCAUAUGUCAGGGGCGGAUCGGUGAUCCGACUGUUCCACAAGGAGCUGGAGGCGUACCUCGUGGCGGAGGGGCUAUUUGACGAAGAAGUCACGGAGGAUGUUCACUUCCGGAUCCGGGUAAUGGACCAGCACAAGCCUCGGACCCUAUCACCGCCUACUUCUGGGAACACAUUUUGGCAGAUAGAAGCGGAAAGUGGCAUCCUUAAUGGCGACAUCCUACGAUGGGAACAACAGGUUCGUCUGCGUCACAUGACCACCAGGAAGUACCUGUGUAUUGACGCUACAAAGGAAAUAUCGUUGACAGACGAGAGCGAAGACCCGCGGACAGUUUUCCGUCUCUACUCCGUCAUUAGUGAGAGAGAUGAGAUACGGUUCGAGAGUUAUUGCCGCAUUGAACAUGUAUUGACAGGAUUUUGGCUCCAUGCAUUGAAAGACGAAGACUAUAUAAGGAAGAAGUUCCGUAAUAUGGACAGUAAUGAGGACCAGAGUUUACGGGGGUUGAGGUGGGACUCCGCUCAGGUUAGACAGGUGGCGGCGAGUGGAGAAAGUCAGUAUGACGAUGCCUUUACCAUACAGUUUGUGGAACAGAUCCACCAGGACGAAUUUAACUAUAUUAGUGGAAUGGUGCCAUUUCUCCUCAACCUAAUCAAAGACAGAGAAGAAAGACAUUUCCUUAAUGCCAAAAAGACACACGUCGUACUUACAGCAAUGGAGGGAAUACGGAAAUUCAUGAUUGUAAAAACUCUUCCCAGUAAAAACAGACAAAAGUUGAUGAGGAAUUUGCGUGUUAUUGACCUGUUGGUUAAGAUCCUAAAGUGUCCUCUGGACGGCACGGCUGAUGAACAGAAUAUGGUCCAGGUGUUCAAGGAGGCUUACGAAAUCCUAUAUACGUAUAUGAUAGGCAAGAGCAGGAAAAACGCCCUCUACUUCGCCAAAUAUAUCGAGUUCUUCCAGACACAGUUCACACAAAAGGGCGGUAUAGGACUGAACGUCGCCCAAAUGAUUGUAGAACUGAUCCGCGACAAAAGGAAGAUCGUGGACAGGAUCACACACGAACAAAUCAACGAAUUUGUCGGCCUUUUACAGAAAACACAGAAUUACCGUUUUCUGGAUCUGAUGCAUGUGUUGUGUGUCUGUGAUGACGUAGCUAUCCCAAACAACCAAUCAUACAUCGUACAGCGCUGGAUGCAGGAGGAACAGGGAAGAGGAAUAUAUCUGACCGCCCGAGGACAAGACAUCAACAGACAGCCAAACAUCCUUUACAUCACUACCAACGGUGGUAAAACAUGGGACUCGCUCCACACGUUCGUCGACCCAAAGGCGGAAGAUUACGACAAAGACAAGCAUGAUUUCCUAAUACACCAACUAGACUUGUACAAGGCCCUGUGCCACGGUAGGAACGACUACUCCAUCAACAUGAUCACCAAGGAGUUACGGUACCUAACAUGGGAGGAGACAUUCCUGUCGCUGAGAUCUGACAUUCUACCCGACGCCAUCCGGGCAAAAUACUGCGACCUCACCACAAGUUUAUUUGUGGAUGUGGGGAACAACUACUCCGUACUGGACCACCCAAAUAUCUGCUUCGUCUACGACUAUGUCGGCUCCAAGGACGAGGAGAAAAGUCAGGGAGACUUCGUUGUCAAAGAAUUGGUUGCCAUUUUUCCUGUUCUGAGGGACUGGAUUGCGGAAUUCCUACAGGAAAAUAAAUGCAUGUUUGCUGAUGAUAUUGGACAUAAUAUGCUGAUUGAACAGGUCUUGCGGCUACUCUAUCACCUGGUGAAGUUCGGGUAUUACCUGGAUGCGGAGGAUGUGGAACAACUCCUACCUCCUAUGUUGAACCUCCUCGACGGACGACAUGACUUCCCAUUCAAGAAAGACAGGGAAAAGGGAUUUUCUAAGGAUGCCAUGAAGCUAGUCCACCAGUUUCAAACGGUAGAGCGAUUCUUACCAAAUCCAGAAACAGAAGCCAUCGUCAAUGCGAAAUUUCAGGUAUUAGAAGUAUUGGACCUCCUCCUUCUCUAUCAGAGAAAUUCAAGACUACAGAGUUUUGUAUCAAAAUUCAAAGUAGCAGAGAAGUGCUGUGGGCAGAAGAAAUCACAAAAUGUGUUGGUUUCUAUGUUGUUUGAUGAUUUUGAUCCCCACGACCAGACCAAAAAAGCGUUGAAAUCCCAGAAAAGGAUUAUAAAGGAACUGCGAGAAAUGUUCAACAGAGCGGCUAUAUUUGAUGUGGAAACGCUAACCCGAGUACUGACGGAUUUAUCAAAAUACAAAUACAACAAAAUGAUUACAAAGUCCCUUAGCAUUCUCAACAAAGUGUACUCAUCAAAAGAUAACGUGUUUCGGCUGUCCAAGAAAGCGCAGAUCCUGUUGACUCAAGAUUCGGCGAGAGUCCAUCGGGAGGUGCUGAAGAGUAUGCCGAUCCUAAGGAGGCUGGCGAAGGCUAAGCUUGAUGAACAGCAAAAGAAGCUGAUGGAGACGAUAUUAGAUGACCUUGGAGAGUUCUGUCACCUUCCUAUGACGCCAGACGAACCACACCCUAUGAACCAAAACAUCUUAAUAAGUAACGGUAUCCUGACCAUACUCUUUGACCUCUUAACCCAGGAUAUUGACACGAAACUGAUGGAAUUAUAUCGAGGGAUGAAAGACGUGUUCAAGAAAACGUUCCAUCUGGUGAAGCUUCUCGCGAGGGAAAAUGACCGUGUGCAGUUCCACCUGUUUGACCGUUUGGACGUCCUAUUGGAUGUACGAGUGGUGGAGUCGGACCUCGCCAUAAGUCUCAAAGAGGUGUUUAUGGGUAACCAGAAUACAUGUCUAAAGAUCAGUCCCCGCCAAAUCCAGAAGAUAGUUUCACGUGCUGCGGAGCUACAGGAGCGCGCGCCGGAGUUCCUAGACCUUCUUGGGAUGAUAGUGAAAGUUGUAGGGACAGACCUGACACUCAAACGUAAUCAGGCCUAUGUCAUGAAAUAUAUAAUGCAGAACUACAAAAAAGUCGCCUAUGUCCUCGACUUCAGUAGGGAGGAGCGAGAGAAGAUUUUGACCACUCCCAACAGGAUAUGUACACUACGGUAUUACCUCUGUCUCCUCGACCUGUUGGCUAUCUGUGCUGAGGGCGAGAACAUGUUUAUCGAAUCCCUGUGCCAGACCAUCCUGCCUAUGGACGACCUUCUGUGGGUACUAAACAACCCAAAGGUGGACGGUACAUGCAAGAAGCCCUUCAUUCGCUGUCUGCACCACAUCUAUAUGAAGAGCAACAACACAAUGGUUGACACAGGCUCUGGCGAAAUGUCUCACAACGAAGACCUUUGGGAGUAUCUAUCGAACCUGUCAAUUGAUAUGAACCGACUAACUGACAGCAUCAAAGAAGACCCAGACAAAAUUGCUAUCCAUCUUAAAACAGCGCCCGAGAAAAGUGGGCCGGCAAGUGUCACCGAUUUCGAGUCCUCCGCAUACGGGAGUGUCUUGUACUUUCUGGAGGCAGUACUUCCGUUCCUCGAGACGUUCUAUCGAGAUUUUUACUAUCCAGACCAAACCACAUUUGGAAACGAAGUUGAUGAAACGGACCACAUGGCAAAGGCCGUAGUGAUGUUCUGUGAGAUGGUUGGCCCACUCCUCUACAAACCUACCCAUAUGAAGAACAUGGUGAAUUGUCUGACGGUCAUUGUUCCCAUCUCCAAUAUGCCAAACUCGAAUAUAGACCAUGUACUGGACCGGUUCUCCUCAGGGAUCACGGUAGAGGAUACAUCCAGUGCUGUUCGACGAGGAAAUAUAGAAUAUUAUGCUGAUGAAGUUGAAAUCAACUGUAAAUUCCGGACCUUUGCUAAAAACGUGUCCGUGGUUUUCUUUGGGCACAACAAAGUGCAGGCUCAACUGAAAGUCAAGUCUAACAGAGAGUACACAGAACUUGGUGGUAACGAAGAGAUACCACUAGGAGAAGAGUUUCAGAGUCACGUCAAAUGCUUCGUCAAUGCAAGUGAGAAAAAAGUGGACAGAAAGUACGACCCGGCCGCCAUUUUGAUAGAACAACUUCAUAUAUCUAUGGGCCACAAGCGUAUGAGCGAAGCAGCAAGACAGGAAAUGGACGAUUUGAACAUAAAAUGUAUCCAACUCCUCCGGGCCAUUGUACACAACGAGGAACGCAAGAUGCCAGAGGACUGGGAAACGAGGACUACAGAACCAAAAAUAAAAAAAACUCUGAAGCUGAUUACCGGGAUACAGAAUCUGUACGACAAGAAGGGAGCUAUGAACAAAGCCUUGCCCCAUCUCUCUACACGUAAUGAGGAACUGGCCAAGGAAGUACUGGGCUUCCUAUGUAUACUACUGUUCAACGCCAAUACGUCUGUACAGCAAUCUAUGCUGAACUAUUUCCUGUCGACACGAGAGGAAGUAUUCUUCAUGGCUGUCCGGGACAGAAUGGCGUUGUCCACCAACUCCAUCAAGGAAAAAACUCUGCUGAGUAGACGUUCUCUCCAAGCUCAACAGGAUGCUAAGAAGAAGGAUGCUACUGACACGUUCGGUACUAAGCUACGGAAAGGAUUUCCUGUCAGUAUCAUGGCCCUAAAGCAAAUACAGGCCUAUGAGGAUGCUCUACGACAGCAACGGCUAUCGGGAUGGACUAGGCGGCGGCCACCAAGCGUGAAAUGUAAGAAGAAAAAGAAAAACAAGAAACCCAAAGCUCCAAAGGAGAGAAAGAAAAAACCGUCGAAGGUGAAGGAUUCCUCAUCUAACGGUCUGAAGAAAGAGGUUUCAUUUGCGUCUCCAUUGUCAAAAGAGGACCAGGCACUAAUUGUCAACCAAGAUAUGGAGACUGAACUAGUCGCUAUCAAGAUAGAGGAUCCACCAGAGCCUGAACCACAAAGUUACGAGGAUGACUCGCCAUUGGAGUACCGGAACGAUGGAUAUAUUGAACUUGUACUGAAAGUCAUGGCACGCAUGUGUGACGGUCAGAACCAGCAUUUACAGGAUUACUUACGAGAACAGCCAGACAAUGUCAAGUCUUUUAACAUUAUCGCCGAAGUGACGAGGUUUCUGAAUGUAGUUUAUUCCAACAUUACUGGUAAAAACAUCGACCUGGUUAUCCAACUUUUCGACACUAUGAACGAGUUCACGGCAGGGAAUCAAGAAAACAGGAUUGUCAUUUAUGACAACAAAAUCAUCGACUACAUUAAUUUCAUUCUGAGAGCUGGUGACAUCGAGUAUUGCUCGACAGAAAAGAUUCUUGGUCUACGAGAGAGUAUAGCCAAUUUGAUUCUGUCACUUAUAGAAGAGAAUGGACACGGCGCAUCAGAACUUACAGUGGAAGUGAAAGACACAUUGGACAAGAAAUCUGUGCUCCAGCUUCUCACUGAAUGCUACGAGAUGCAUCAACCGGACAAGAAGAAGUUGGAAGAGCUGAAGAAUAUUACAUCAGGCGACGUGGUUGUACCACAGUCUAAGAUUAAGUCGUUCGCCUUCGCCGGAGGCAGCUUUCUACAGGGCGUAAUGGGUAACCAGAAAGAUGAGAUGGCCGAUACGUACAUGGAUGUCGGCUUCCGACUGUAUCUUAUACUUGCCCGAAUGGUGGACGUCGACCCCAAACUUAUCGACCACUUGAGGAUGCAACCCUUACAGACAAAGGCAUUCAAUUUCUACAAGAAGAACUGUAUGUCAAUAGAACUGGUAAAGGAUGACGAACUCCAGAAGGUUAACUUCCGGGUCAAAAACAAGCGAGUGUUGCGAGAGGAAGUAAAAGAAAGUCUUAAAUGGAAUGUCGAUCGUUCUUCUCCAAGCAAUAAAAUCCGUGAUGUCAUGGAAUGGACCAAGGAUAUUAUGAAAGACAUAGCUUACCAGAGGAAAAUUCUUAGUAACCCCAUAGCUAUAGGCCUAACAAAAGGAUGGCUUAUCUGGAAUCACAUGGUGACCAUCCUUAGUUUCGCCAUCAACAUUUUGAUGCUGGUCACGUGGCAGGCAAAAGCGUCACUAGCAACCCCAGGUUUGAUGGACAAUGCAACCGUUAUCCCUGAGAGCUUGAUCGACCCUAUCCCUGUUAUAAAGACCUUGAAGGUGAGCGAGUACGAGAUGGCUAUCUACACCCUGGGAGGACUACAUAACUUCUUUACCCUGCUCGUAUUCAUCAGUUACUUUGUCGGCAAUCAUCCCAGGAUGCCUCACUUCCGUGCUAUAUUCACCUCCUUACGAAAAACGUGUUCACGAAAGAAGAAGGACGAUGAGUUAGAGGAGGACAAGAAGAAGAAACAUCAGUCUAAGCUUGACGCCAAACUAUUCAGUUUCACCACAUUUUACUACAUGGCCUUUCUGGGCCUCUCGGUGGGUGGGACCGUUUACCAUGGUUACUUCUUUGCCUUCCACCUUCUGAACAUUGUCAACAACAACCAACUGCUUGGAGGUGUCAUCAAGGCCGUCACACAAAACGGAAAAUCGUUACUAUGGGUAGCGGUCCUUGGUCUGUGUGUGUUUUACCUGUACGGUAUAGUGGGGUUCGCUAUGAUGCGGAGUAUGUUCCAACCUAGCGACUAUCUGUACUGCGACACAUUAUGGCAGUGUACCAUCACUAUCGUUCGGUACGGACUCAUUGGAGACUUGUUCGAGGUAAUGAAAGCACACAGGCUAGAGGCCACCUUCCAAAAGUUUGGCUUUGUCGUCUUGUAUCAUGUCUCCUUCUUCAUCUUUAUCACAACCAUUGGGCUUAACAUCAUCUUCGGUAUCAUCGUCGACACCUUCUCUGAGCUCAGGGACCUCAAGUGGACAGCGGAGGCUGAUAUGAGAGACACUUGCUUUAUAUGCAGCAGGAACAGUUAUGAUUUUGAACACCAUGGAAAGGGGUUCGACCACCACGUGAGACACGAGCACAACAUGUGGGCGUACAUCUUCUUCUUCAUACAUCUCAACGGCACCAAGAUCAACGACUUCACAGCCUUAGAGCUCUACGUCCACAAACUGCUGCUGAAGGAGAAUUACGAUUUCUUCCCGUUGGACCGCGCCCUGUCUCUGUCCGGUAUGGGUAAAGACUCCACGGAAACCAAGAUAGACGAUCUGCUGUAUCACGUGACGUCCAUAGUGGAGAAACAACGCAAGGAGGAGCUGGAGAAGAAACGCCAUGAGGAAAGAGCUCGCCAGAAAGUGUGGGAACAGAAGCAUCGUUUAGGUUCGUUCCGCAGACGUGCAAAGCUUCCAGCUCCACUAGAAAAGGACCCCAUGACUGGUCUUCCACUUACUCCAAAUCAACAGGACGACCACCAACUUCAUGGGACAGCCCAACAACUUGGUCAACUACCCCCCUCUCAGUACCUGAAGCCGAUCUUCCCGCAACCUACGGGGAUUUCCGGCAGGACGACGCCAAGACGUUUCAGUGACGUAGGUCUUGUCACCAGUCUGCUUGGUCAACGGGCGGAUGCAUAUACACCAAUGCCAUCCGCCCUUUCACGGUUUGACAGAAGACCGUCCGCUAGCAGUAGAAGCGGAAGUCCGUCCCGUCUAGACCACGAGCCACAACGAUUCAGGAGACGAAGUCCAUCUAGAUACGAUGACGACGAACUACUGCUAGGGUAGUCCUGAUCGUCUUGGUGACCGUGGCAGAAGUCCAUCCAGAUCGCGCAUGGGCAGCGAAAGUGACCUGCGAGGAAAGAGUCCUAGCCCUCUCUCUCGUCGUGAUACUAUGACCAGUAUGUUAAGUCCGCGCUGGGCAGACAGUAGGUCUACCAGCCCAAGAGGGGCAACAGUUUUCUUCCCAGACUCAGAUCCCUUUCCUCCACCACCGCCGUUGCCAUCGACAGACCGUCGUGGAAGUGACUUCCGACUCGAGACCGUAGAAGGUCCGCAGUAUUCUCAGGACUUUGACUAUCCUGAUUAUGAUCAGGAGGACGAGAGCUAUUUGGACAGAGAUCGUCGGAGAGACAGGAGAGAUUCGCAAUACUAAACACAGCAUCGGGCAAUUCAAUAUUGUUUGAUUUAACUCUGGAAAGACAGGACAGAACCGUACUACAAGGCAGCACCACAGGAUGACAACACUUCCUGUGUGAGACAUGAUGGUUACAGAAGCUGAAGCAGUCACUGAGGACAGCAUUCACUAAAUGAGAGACUCGGGAGACUAUUUCGUCUUCCAUGAAGUCAGCGACUUUCUCAAGAACAUAAUUUCUCCUAUACGCGUCGUUCAAUGAGGAUAAUAAUUACUUGCAGGACUCAGUAUUUGAAGAGUUUUAAAUAGAAAGCAGUAUCUAUGGCAAUAUUCGGGAGGUUUAAGAUUGAUUAUAAGGAUGAACCAGGCAGAUGUGUUUCUGAGAGGGACAGUCGAACGUGGAUCGAGUUACAGCAGUAUGAUACCAAGGUCCCGACCUACAAAUACAAUAGUACACGAGUAUAAUACCUGCGUAGGUGAAGAUGUGCAUAUUAUUUUUGAUGGGUGAAAAAACAAACUAAUGAUGACCAUAACUAUAUCCAUAUGUUUAGAAGUAGUAGAUAUGAAUAAGAUGUACAUUGUAUAUUGAAUUGCGUGUGUACGUACAAGAGUAUUAGCCAGUGAAAUGCUACAAUCAUUCAGAGAAGAUUGAACUAACUGACUUAUCAUCCCAGUAACCACAAUAUGUUAAUGGCAUCAUCUGUGAGUUACACAUGUAUGUUGUUUGUGUGCGUUUUCUCCAUAUAGUACACAAAAUAUUCCGAAACUACGCAUUCCAGUUUGCCAUCGAAUGAAAUAAAAGAAAAUGAUACGUAAAGCAAUUGUCCUAUGAAGAAAAUAUUAGUUGGCUGUGUAGUAGAUAACAUCGCUUAUAUAUAGAACAUACACGAAAGCCAGUAAUGAUUGUCGUAUAUUUAACUAUCCGACAUAAAUUCGUCAGUUAAUCCAUUGUUAUUGUAAAUUACGUUGUAAUAACACGUGACAUAACACGUGAUAUAACUUAGUUAUAUCGUAUAGAACGUCAUGUACACGGUAUUGGUUUCUUCUUCAUUACCUUAAUAUUUUCUUUUUAUGUAUACUUAAGUCACACAUUGGUCUUGUGUCAGCACGGAAAAAAUAUCUGUAUUGCGAAUUAAAUUAUCACGCCAUAGGUUCAAUAUUAAUGAAAUGAUAGAUAUUAUCAGAUAACUACCAUACAAUCCACACUACAUUCCUAACUAUGACUCAUAUACUGGAUACGCUUUGGACAAAACUCAAUUCACCACGAAGAUAACCUUUUAGACAAAAGGCAGAGGAAACUCAUAAUGUCAGUGGCCGUCGAUAUUAAGGGGAGACAACUCGCACCAAACGCUACUUCAUCACGCUCCAGCGUAUAACACUCCCCGGUAUGCCGUUAGUAACGACUUUCCUAACACUAUCGCUAUUACUAUUAUUCGCUAGAUUCCCAUAGCACCACACUCUCAACGUAAUAUAGGGCCUACGUUCAUAGUUUCACAGUUAAUGAGCACUGAUUAUGUCCACUUACCAAAACUUAGUCCCUGUACAUAGUGACGUCAAAUUUGAUCGCGUGAGAAAUGCGAUUGUAGUGUGUCAGCAUGAGUUCUGCUAAGUGUGAGACAUCCAUAUCGAGUGUACGAUCAGUUAAUUAUAAUAUAAUUAUCUGAUUUUAAUUUUACUUCAUCGUUGUUGAUAUUUCUUACCAGUCCGUAGAAACUUGUCAAUCACUCUAUUAACUGGUAUCUGUUUCAUCACUUAUGUCUACCAAAGGAGUUGUUUCUCGCCAUCUGAGAUCGUGUAUACAUGUAUCAUUCUACCAUCAAUGAUGUCUAUAUCGAUUUCACCUGUACAACAUUGUGACAACACUGCAGAUAACGUCGUGUAAUAGUGUUAAUAGGUUAGAGCACUGGUGAGAUAUAUUUUGUAAAUACCUACACACAAUGCCAUGUACGUCAGCUGUAAGUAUAAAUAAGAAAUAUGUGUGUACACGUGUAACUAAAACACUAGGUGUACUACUCAGUCACUAUCACCUGUCAAGUGUUUGUCUAUUUCUGAAUAAAUCCUGAAAUUAAACUGA